UGUCAGCAGCGCCCGGAGCGGCGAUGGGGCAGCGCGGCCGCCGGGGCCCCUGAGACCCGCCGCGCCCCGGCCCGGCGCGGCCCCGGCGCCGCCAUGGAGCUGGAGCCGCCCGCAGAGCUCCCGGAGCCCCGCGCCCCCGCCAAGGGGCCGCCCCGCAACGCUGCAGAUGUGGAGCAGAUGAGUUCCUCUUCUCCUGUCCUUCCUAUGAACUCCAUGGGCAAUGAGCGGGUGGAUCAGAGAACCUGCCUGAUCUGCGGGGACAGAGCCACGGGGCUGCAUUAUGGGAUCAUCUCCUGCGAGGGCUGCAAGGGCUUCUUCAAGCGCAGCAUCUGCAACAAGCGGGUCUACAGAUGCAGUCGUGACAAGAACUGUGUCAUGUCGCGCAAGCAGCGCAACAGGUGCCAGUACUGCCGGCUGCUCAAAUGCCUCCAGAUGGGCAUGAACAGGAAAGCAAUCAGAGAGGAUGGCAUGCCAGGAGGCAGAAACAAAAGCAUUGGACCUGUCCAGAUAUCUGAGGAAGAGAUCGAGAGAAUUAUGUCUGGGCAAGAAUUUGAGGGAGAGGCAAACAUGUCAUGGAGCAACAACGGUGACAGUGACCAUAGUUCCCCUGGAAAUGGAGUUUCUGAGAGCAACCAGCCUUCACCCGUUUCUACUCCAUCUUCAAGUAGGUCUGUGGAGCUGAACGGGUUCGCUGCACUCAGGGAUCAGUACAUCGGGACGCCGGUGUCCACGCACUACCAGUACCUGCCGCACCUUUUUAGCUACUCUGCUCACUCGGCUCUGAUGCCCCCCCAGACACGCAGCCUGGACCCCCAGUCACACAGUCUCAUCAACCAGCUGGUGUCGGCGGAGGACCUGGAGCCGCUGGGCACCCCGAUGCUCAUCGAGGACGGGUAUAAGGUGACGCAGGCAGAGCUGUUUGCCUUGUUGUGUCGUCUGGCGGAUGAAUUGCUUUUCAGGCAGAUUGCUUGGAUCAAGAAGCUGCCGUUCUUCUGUGAGCUCUCCAUCAAGGACUAUACCUGCCUGCUCAGCUCUACGUGGCAGGAGCUGAUCCUGCUCUCCUCGCUGACUGUUUACAGCAAGCAGAUCUUUGGUGACCUUGCAGAUGUCACCUCCAAGUACUCUCCCUCUGAUGACGAGCUGCACAGAUUCAGUGAAGAGGGCAUGGAGGUGAUGGAGCGGCUGAUCUACCUCUUUCGCAAAUUUAACCAGCUGAAGGUCAGCAACGAGGAGUACGCGUGCAUGAAAGCCAUUAACUUCCUCAAUCAGGACAUCAGGGGUCUGAGCAAUGCGUCCCAGCUGGAGCAGCUCAACAAGCGGUACUGGUACGUCUGCCAGGACUUCACUGAGUACAAGUACCCACACCAGCCCAACCGCUUCCCAGAUCUAAUGAUGUGUUUGCCAGAGAUACGAUACAUUGCAGGAAAAAUGGUGAAUGUCCCCCUGGAGCAGCUGCCUCUCCUCUUUAAGGCUGUUCUACAUUCCUGCAAGACAAGUGUGAGCAAAGAGUGAGCCCAGCUCGCCCCGGCCGGUGCCUUUCGCUGCGCCUCCGGCAGGGAGCCGGCUCACCCAGAGAGGGGCAAACGCCAUCCAGGCAGGGAUGGGGCAGUGGCUGUCCCUGCCAGUGUAGCAAGAAUCUUUUUUGUUUGUUUUUGUUUUUUUACUCUUUUUUCCUAUCUAUUUAUUUCACGACAGAGUUGAAUGUAUGAUCUUCAACACGAUGCACAUGGUUCUGUAUGAAUGCAGCAGAUGCGUUCUCCAGCGGUUUACAGAAUGUGAAGAUGUUUAAUGUUACAGUGUUUGUUAGGGUUAGUUCUUUUGUAUUUUGGGGGCUGGGGACCGAGAUGACUAAGACUACCUCAAGGAGAAGAUGCUGUUCAUGCACUGCUCUUCCUGUGAUCUGUAUCCAAAAGCUUUUGUCGUAGCGAGCACACGGCCCCACCGCGCCGCCGGAGCUGUCGGUGUCCCCAGCGGACGGGUUUGGAGAAGCGGGUGUUAGAGAAGUGCCAAGCUUUUUUUUUUUUCUUUCUUUAAAUAUAAGAAUGAUUUUUAAAAGGCAGGGAGUGGAGGAGAAGGAAGAGUCUGUCUAGCCAGUUGGUUUAUUUCCUCCUGGUGGUUUCCAGGUGCAGUGGUGGCUCCUGUGCUUCCCCCAUCCCAGCGGGACGGCAGCGCUGAGAGGUGCGAGGGCGGCAGGAGGGGGCUCUGCCCUGGCCCCUGCUGCCUCCCUGUUGCUGCAGGCUUUCCGUGCCACUGAGUGGGGUUGCUGCAGUUGUAGCAGCCUGCUGGUGUGACACAAAGGUACUCUUGUUGCUAGAGAACUGCAAGUAAUUUCUCAUUGCUUCCUUAACAUCCAUUUUAGGUUCACAAAAGCAGGAAAAACCUACUUAGGGAAGAGGCAGAGUUGCCCUUUUUAGUGUAUUUCUCCAAGGUGGUGACCACUGAGGAGCUUCUGCAUUGCACCAAUCCCAGGCAGCCUGUUUCUGGGACCAGUUAACAUACCCUGUGGUUAAAUGUGACCUGUGUAAUGGGGACAGGAGACUCCAGUGUCCCCUGGCAUGGCUUUCUUUGCUGGACUUGGGGAAUGCACAAUCCAUAGUUGUAUUCUGCCAGGACUGUUCUGCUACUUGUGGGAUCCCUUCUUAACAGGAAAAAAUGGUGUUAGUGCAGUACUUGGUGAACUGUUCUGUCCUAGGUGUUGCAGGGCUUGGAUUUUCCAUCUUGCGCCUCCACACUUCUGCGGAGAGAACUGGUUUAAUGACAACUAACUGGUUAGCUGUUUGGGGAGUUGCUAAGUGCUGGUGUUCAUCUGAAAAUGAGUAUUCUCAUGAGUAGCCUCCUGGCUUCCUGCUGCUGGUAGUGGGGAGGUUGGAUGAGAUGCUCUUGUUCUCAUUCCUUCAUUAAGAAUUAACAUUGGAGGACUCAGUGACUCUCCUAGGCAGCCUUGUUGCCCUGGCUGGGUUUCCUUCCCUGUGUCCUUAGAUAUGAAUCUGAUGAUAAUGUAGCAAGAAGGUUCAUCAACAAAUGUUUGAAUGCUGUUUAAAAAAUAUUUUGUAUAACAGCUUCUGUUCCUUCGGGGUAGGAAGGGCCAGUUGGUACCUUUUUGUCUUCUCCUGGUGACAGCUGUGUGGCACAAAGUGGGGCCUACUCAGAGGUGCUGGAACUGCUGCCAGAUGAACGUGGUGAUGAACAGGAGAGAAAUCUUGCUCACCAAAAUUGUCUUUCCUUCCUCUUCUCCCAGCGAGUGCUCCCUGAGCUGCAUCCCAAGGGACUCAGUGGCCUUGGCACCCUCUGGGUCCAGCCUUGGUGGUGCCGUGUCCCGGGCAGGGCUCUCCCAGGAGAGGCCCUGUGGGCUGAUCAUGGGCAGUCUCGCUGGGGCAUCGUCCAGCAGGAUGGUUUCCCUUUUCCAAAAGCUGCUCAUUGUCAUUAUUUAAGUAGGAUGUUACGGGUAACAGCUGCUGGGCUCAGCAGCAGUUCAGCUUGAGCGACCUUCACAAUCCAAGGGGCGUUCCGUAAAUCUCAUUUACUUCCUGACUGUAAAAUGAGACAAGCGUGGAUUUCUCAGGAAGCCUUCUGCAUACAGCCUAUACCUCAAGUGUACAAGGGAAGAGUUUAGUGUAUCUGUUUGUGAGUUAGAAAGUGUUUCUCAGCUUUUAAGUUUAAUUUCCAAAUAGCUUGAUGUGAUCUCUUUAUUACGGGUUAUCUUCUGGCUUGCUGUUUAUACACUCAAGGAAUUGUUACAAUUGCAUAGGAGUAUUCUGCAGUUACUGAAUUACUAUGAUCUGUUGAGGAAUAAGAGUUUGUUUUAACUAGUGUACUUCAAAAUGGUCAUCUCCUUGCCAAAUACCCAACACAAAUAUUCUGCUAAAUAUUCUGUGUUUAUCCAAAAUUUACUCCCAAGACUAAUGCUGUAUCAACAGCAGCAAAAAGCCUGAAUUCAUUUAUGAUGAUGAAUAGACCAUAAUGUUCUAUUUUCUGUUGUAUAAAGCAAAUUUUGCAGAGGUUGAUUGGCAGCAGUAUCCGUUACCAAAUAACCCAUUUGUUGUGGGGAGCAGAAGAGCCUUGCUAAACUGACGAGUAAGGGAGAAGCUCAAACGCUGACCCCAGACCCAGCUCCCCAGCAGUCACACUUAAUAUCUUCUGCACCAAGUCCUCUAAUGACUUGUAUUUUUUAAACAGGGUAAAGUGAAUGUGUUGCAUUGCAAACUCAGGUAUUAUGAGAAGGUAGGAAUGUAGCUAGAGAUGUAGAGACAUUAGGUCAGUCAGUAGAUGUAUUUGUGAAUUUGGUUUGAAGGACACCCUGGAAAGGUGGAAUUUUUGUUCCAUUCUUCACCUAACAUUCGGUUUACAGGGACUCAUAUUUUAUUUGUGCUUAAUGCUAGUAGGGGGAAGUUCAUUAUCUUUGGUAUCUAUCUGCUCUUGCUUAUCUGACCUUCUGUCAUAGAGGAAUCAAUCAACAAUAAUAGUCUUUGGUAGAAUUUUCUGCCAUGACAAGUCAAUUUUUAUCCCCGAUUUGAAAGAUGAAUUGGCUGACUGACCCCCUCCUCUCCUUCAUAGUAUUUGUGCAGAUGGAAAGCUGAAGAGCUACUUUUAAUCUGAACAGAGACUUGGGACAUAAAUUUGAAGUGCUGAGUCUCCUGCCUGCAGAGGAGCUCUGCUGUGGUGUCCUCAGGGCUGUGUCCCUGGCAGCUUGUGGCCCAGUGCUGGAGCAGAGCUGCUGCUGUCACAGAUGGAGCUCAGUCCCCACCACAUGGUGAGUCCCCAGGACCUGAACAAAAGCCUUCGGAAAGCCCCUGGGUUUUCUUCCUCUGCCUUUGGGUCAGGCUUCUGUCUGUGAGCUGAGCCUGGACUCUACUGUGCAUGUCGGUGGCAGGUCCUUGUCCUCAGUGUGCCCAGCCCCUCUGGAGGGCUGGGAUGGGGGAUGGGCAGGAUGCUCAGGGCUGCCUGGUACCUCAAAACUGGUGGGCUCUGGGCAAAACCAGUGGAGCAGGAGGUGACUCCAGCGUCCUGCAGACACAUGAGCUCCUGUCUAAUUGUUAAUAACAUCUUGCCGGUUGCCCAGGCAAAGGCUGGAGCUCAUGUGGUGCCUCUUGUUGCCAGUUCCUCCCUCUCCCUGCAGGGCAGGAUUCACCUGCACUUUGCCCUUUAGGCUCCUGCACAGAACUGCAGCCACCUCAGGUUAAGGGGUUUAAGUGUUGUCCUUCAAACCAACCUUUUUUUAAAAAAAACUUGAAUUUCUUUUUUCUUUACUGCAUUUUUAAUAACAAACAAAAAAAAGAUUCUCCUGUGAACGUGCUAUUUACUGUUCAUUUUUUCUUCUUGGUUUUGAUCUGAAGCUGUGAAGCUUGGUGUCUGUGAAAAUGUUAUUUCUGUAUUUCUCAGGAUAAUAAGCGGCAAUCAUCCCUGCCACAGAAAGGGCAGGAGAAAGGGGGAAACUUGGGGAACUAGUUUUAAGUAUGAAGCUAAUUUUUAAGUUGUAGAUGAUGUAUAAAUCGAGGGUAAUACAUAGGAUGUCAGUAUCAAGCUGUGGUGUUUCUCUGGGUUCACCGUGUGUUGUUUCCAACACACAGAAGCUCAGGGAUAAGUAUUUAAAAUGUGACGCAGAGAAACCCUAGUUUUGAUGUUGCAAAAAGCUGCUUCUUUCAUGGCUUGUUUGGAGGACCCAUUGAAAGCUGAGUGAAGCCCCAUAUGGAGAUUAUAGGGCAAAAAACUUUUGGUUUGGCUCUUGGGAAGUUUGCCUGCUAAAAGAUUUGAGGUGGUCUGAUGGGAAGAGCAUCUCAAAGGGGUGUCCAAAGGGCUCAUCCCGCCCGGCGCAGCCACGGGCAGUGCUGGCACCGAGCAAGAGUCAGCACCAGUGUGCAGGGCUGACACCCACCUUCCCAGCAGUCUCACUGGCCGGGAGCUGCAGAUCUGAGUUUAAACCCGCCCUGCAAAAGACUGGGGAGGCCAAUCCAGGCAAUAUCUUCCCCUUGGGGAAAAAAAAAAGUUGAAAAGAGCUCCUGUGCAGCUGACCUCUAACAAGUCUAUGAAGGAAGCAACGUGGUUCAGUGGAAGAAAUGCCCCCAAAGGCAAAAAGAAACAGAAAUUGAAACCAGAUGACGAUCAACCUUAACAAAGCCUUUUGUGAUUCAUUGUUUUCUUUCAAUUUAUAAAAUGUCUUGUAAUAGUUGAUAACAUUAUUGACUCGAUUUCCAUAACAAAACUACCUCGUGUGACAUCCUGUUUAUCAUCUCAAAGGGAUUGUGUGAAAAACAAAAUCCUGCCCAUGUUCAUGGCCAGCGGAGAACGGGCGGUGGCGGCUGGAGGUUUGUGUCCCUCCCCCUGGGUUGUGCCUGGGCUCCUGUUUCUGCCGCAGCGUUUCAACCCGCGGGCGACGGCUUUGACUUCGCAUCCCGCCGGGACUUGCGGGAAGGUGCUGGGCUGUUCCCGUGCUCCCACCUGGCACUGCUGUGCCGUGGUGGUGACAGUCACUGCUGUGUCCUGCUGCUGUGGCCGUGUGUCCCCGCGCAGUGGGGAGGCCUGUGGUGCUGCUGGGGGCUGAGCUCCAGCAUCCCCCCGGCAGAGCGCAGCCCCUGCCCGCAGCUGCGGGGCAGGAUGUGGCUCUUGCCAAUUUGGUGCUGCUUGGUGCCCAGCAAACCACGGGCCAGUUCCAGCUCUGUCCUGGUGCAGAGGUGAUGCAGAGGCUGUGUUUGUAGCCUGGGAGCUGGCAGAGCCCUCGUGUGAGCAUGCAGGGCAGCUCCAGGAGGGAGCAGGUCCACUGCCCUGCCGUGUGCUUCUGUCGGCCCUGUGCUGGUUUGCAGGAUAUUUCCAAGAUGGAUUGAUCCUGGUCUUUUGGGUCCUUCGCUGAUGUUCCAGGUGAUGGUUUCUCCCAGCAGAACACUUCAUUUUUCCCACGAUCCCUUGUAUAAAUCAGGGAAGCAGGAUGUUGCCUCGGCAUGACACACAGUGAGCGUUGGCUGGGGCAGGAGAAGUGUCUGAGGAGCGGGCACCGUGCUGCGCGCGGAGCUGCCACCAAGGGGAUGUUUCUGCCCGUGUGUCUCGGGCACAGCUGGUCCCCCUGGUGUGGAGGAACCAGCACGGGUCCGUGUCAGCCCGACCUGCCUUCUCUGCUGCUCUGCUCUGUGACUUGACUACCUGUGGAAAUGUGACCAAUAAGUGUUGAACGCAUGUUUAGCGAGUGUUAGCUGUAUGAACUAAUAAAUGUGAAUUGUUCUGCA